AUGAAGGAAAGGCAGCAGCACAAGACCCAGCCAUCUCCAUUCCCUCUCGCUAAAAAAGGUGGCAUCUGGAAAGCUCAUUUGGACACCGCCUUGAAGGCCAAACCAUUUGGAAGAGCAUCUCAUGCAAAAGAGAUUGUCUUGGAGAAAGUUGGUGUUGAAGCCAAGCAGCCCAAUUCUGCCAUCAAGAAGUGUGUGACAGUCCAGCUGAUUAAGAACAGCAAAAAUAUCAGCACCUUUGUUCCCAAUGAUGGCUGCUUGAACUUUAUUGAGGAAAAUGAUGAAGUUUUGGUUGCUGGAUUUGGUCGAAAAGGUCAUGCUGUUGGUGGUAUUCCUGGAGUCUGUUUCAAAGUUGUGAAAGUUGCAAAUCUUUCUCUUGUAAGGGGCUAA